AUGUUGCAGGGGCUGCGACGCCGAUUCAUUGACCACGGCUUAGAAGGCAGGACCAAUGUGGACGAGGGUUGGGCAGUUCGCUCUUCAGUGCCUUGGGGUGAAACAGUGCUGGCCUUGUUCUUUUGCGCGCCGGCACCCAGAGCAUGCAGUUUGCUCUGCAGAGCGGGGGUGAAUAGGGCGGUCAACGAGAUGGCACCUUGGCAAAUGGAUUCUUUCCUGCGGAAGAUGUCCUUAAUUCUGGAAGAAGGAGGUCAAGGUAGCUACACCUUGACGGUGAGCAAGGCUGGCUUCGGCCAGCGCGGGCGUCUCUCCAUGGUGGCUCUCAGUGGUGCCAUCGCCUUCCAGGGGGCUGUUGCUCGCUGCCGUUCCGUCCUUUUCGCCAGUGGAACUCUAGCGCCCUUUGCCUUGUUCAAACGCGAGCUUGGGCUUGGUCAAGAACUGGAAGGUACAUCUCUGUUCACCAGGCCAGUUGUAGCAGAUGAGGUUGGACAGUGCUCAUCGGUCACCCGGCGCCUGAAGACUUUUGCCUUCGCCUCGUUGGAAGGACAAAAACUCAGCUCGACGCGGAGCUUCCGGGCGCAGCAGCUGCCGCAGUACCUUACGGCCGUGGGGAAGGUCUUCAAGGAGCUGUUGCCGGUGGUCCCUCAUGGCAAACUGGUCUUCUUCCCUUCCCACGAACAGCUGAACGAUGCCGUUUCGCAUUGGCGCAGCACGGGCCUUCUGGAACGGCACCAGCUUCUGGGCUUGGAGAGGUUCUGCGGCAUCCCGGUGGUGGUGGAAAGCUCCGGUCUCAGCAGCGAAGCUGCUGCGAGCCUGGUCACCCACUACCGGCAGCUGGCGGCGCAGCCGGAGGGCGCCGUGCUGCUGGCAGUGAUGCGUGGCCGUUGUGCCGAGGGGGCGGACUUUAAGGACGAUGCGGCCAGGGCUGUGGUGGUGGUGGGGGUGCCUUUUCCAAGCAUGGACACCGAAGUGAAACUGAAGAUGGAAUACGAGGGCCACAACGGCUCGGCUUGGUACGAGGCUGAGGCUUACCGCUCAGUGUCACAGGCUGCUGGGAGAUUGCUGCGACAUCAAAACGACUAUGGGGCGCUGCUGUUAUUGGAUGGUCGCUUCACAGCUCAGCCAGCACAACUUUCUGGUUGGCUACGACACGAACUUCGUCAACAGUCUUGCAGAGGCAAUUUGACCAUGGCCAUCUUGAGAACAAUCGCUGAAGAGAUGACCCACUUCUUUCUGAGAAAUGAAGCUGCAGAACUGGCCGUCCAUCGCCCCAAAAUGGCGCAGCAACACCUGGAGAUUCCGAAGGAAAACCCACCAUUUCGGAUGCCUCCAAUGGCGCGUUUUGGCGCCACUGCGGCGCUUCUUUUCAUUUUUGGACGGGUGCAGGCCACUGAUGCUACAUGCCGUGCUGAAGCGUGCUUUGAUGAUGAAGAGGGCAAGCAGAUGCGAUUGGAACUUUUGCAGCGCAGAGUGGAGAUGAGUCCUCACCCCGGUCACCGUUCUAAGAGCCGAGAGGAGAAGGUGCCUGCCGUGAUUUCUUCCAUGUACACCUUCGGCGCCCCGGCGGUGUCGCGGCCCGCCAUGCCGGACCUGAAUCAGGCGGACCACUGCUUUCGGGGCCUGCGAACUUACACAGAGAACAAACUGGCCGGUGGCGGUCGGCAAGUGGAUGCUGCCUCCAUGUUUGAUGCUUAUGCCCAUCCCACCAUCAGCACGCUGGCGCUCGACUGGGGCCAGGACUGUGGCGAAAAUGGAAGGACUCCUUCUAUCAACCCUGCCCCGGAGAAGCUGCGUGGCCCAAAGGAGGAGGGGCUGCCGACUGGGGCUUGCACUCUGAGACUCACUAUGCGCCGCGCCUUCAGGCGCCCCGUGUGCCUAUCCUUCGCUCAGUUGAAGGAGUUCAGUAGUUAUUGGAGUUCGAAAGCCACCUUAAUCGAGGCCGUGACGAUCGAUGGGGUGAAGAUGGCAACGGAAGAACCCUUUAAGACGGCCAAUGAGAUGGUGACACUGGCAUACAAGAGCUACGACUCGGUACCCAACACCAUCAAGGACGACUAUGCUGCCGCAUGGCGCAUUUGCCUUUGGUUUGUGGGUUUUGUUGCGAGUAGAACUGUGGAAACGUUGAGUGUUUGUGUUGCAUUUCAGCUGCAACUUGAUAUCGCCAAGGCUAUGGAAUUCUGA